UACAACUCUGUUCACAUGCCUUUUCUAAGAUGGCGGACCUGACUUCAAUACUACUCAUAGCGCCCAGUUCCGCCCACACAAUCUCGUUUCCUUAGUACCAGUUUUGGCCGCAGUUAACGGCUUUUGACGCAGAAGCGGAGUAUGCUGUGGUGAUUUGUACAUAGUAGGAGUAGUAAAUACGCAGUAGUUACCUGCUUGCCAACCGCAACAUGGAGAGAUUCAGAGUACACCUGUGGGCGAAGACCGACCCGUUUCUGGUGGGAGCACUGCAGCAUCCUCCCCCGGCUAAGUUCAGCAUGCACUAUCUGCGAAAGAUGGCUACCUAUGUCCGUACCCGCUCGGGGGAAGGAUGCUACCCUAGGCUGUGCUGGAGCAUGUGGCGACAUAUUGCUUGCGGCAAGCUGCAGCUGGUGGAGGACACGGCCUGGCUGUACUUCGAAGGCUUUCACAGCCUGUCCGAGAGAAGUGCCCCCAGAAGCCUGGAGUGGGCUGAAGUGGUCUCCAGCUGCAGCUCGGUGGAGGAGUAUGAAAGAGCGAGGAGUAAGCUGUCUGUUGAUACUAUGCAGUUUCUGCUCUUCCUCUACAUUCAGCAAAUCAAUAAAGUGUCAUUGAGAACCUCUCUUAUUGGGGAUGAAUGGCCCAGUCCAAGACCCAAAUCUCCAGCUCCUGAUAUUGCAGGACAGUCAAGUUUCCAUAAUAAGAACUGGGAUGAUUACAGCCACUAUACAUUUAUGCAGAAUCAUAUACCUUAUCUCUUGGAGCUGCUUUUGGAACCUGACCAACUCACUAAAUCGGCACAGUCAAGCCAUAGUAGUUUACUGUCUCUUGAAGAUGCAAAAGCCAUUGGUUUUCUCCUUGAGGGAUCUGUAGACAAAUAUAGGACUGUCCAUCCGUUUCUGGAUAUGGCAGUUUGGCAACCAAUGCACCAUGCUAGUGGUUAUUCAAAGACUUCAAAUACAUUUUCACUGCAGAAAUUACAAGCCUGGAUAAAAGAUUGUCUUUUAGUAAACCCAUUUGGAAUGUCUGCAUGUAUCAAAUCUGGAAGAAAGUUGGCUUGGGCACAUCAAGUUGAUGGAUCAAACAAAAGGGCGAAAGUCGCCUGCAACACUUACAAGGUUCCUCGUAGUUAUCGAAUGGUUGUCAUGAGCCAAAUCUAUAAACAGACAUUGGCUAAAAGCUCAGAAACACUUGUUGAUUCACGUGUUAAAAUUCAUCGUUGCAAUGAAUCUUACAUAUAUCUACUUUCUCCAUUGAGGUCAGUGACUGUUGAGAAAUGUCACAACAGUACAAUAAUCUUGGGUCCAGUACAGUCUUCUCUUCAUGUCCAAAUGUGCGACAACGUGAAGAUUAUUAAUGUUUGUCAGCGCUUGUCUCUUUUGUCUACCACAAAUUGCACUUUUCAUGUUUUGACUCCAACUAGACCUCUUCUCUUCUCUGGAAAUCAGGGUGUUGUAUUUGCUCCCUAUCACACAUACUACCCAAUGCUUGAAGAUCAUAUGGGACAGACAGGAUUAGCAACAUUACCGAAUUACUGGGACAGGCCUCUUUCCCUGGCUGUAGACAACAGCGACCAAAAAGUAUGGAAACUUAUUUCUCCAAGAGAAUUCACUACAUUUGUUGUGCCUUUUGAAAUGGAAGGAGACACAACUGAAAUCCCUGGGGGUCUGCCUCCAGCUUUUCUGAAAAGUACUGUGCAAAGAGAACAAAAGGUGCAAAUGUGGCAAAAAACUGUAAAGGAAGCAGGAUUAACUAAGGAGCAGAGAAAACAGUUCCAGGCUCUUGUUGAGCUCAAGUUUAAUGAAUGGCUAAAAAGCACAGGAAACCGGCAUCAGCUGGACAGCCUUGUACAACCAUCUGAUGUUUCCAAACAAGUCGCUGGAUAAAACUGAUCUAAGUGCAUUUUGAACAGUAUUUCCGGUGAUAGUUACCUGGCAGAUUACAGAAACCUACUUAGCAGAUACCGAUUGCAUAUGGGCUUUUACCAUGCUUGAAGAUGAGAGAAACGGCAGACUGAACAAAGAAACAGAAGUUAACUAAAGUACCAGUGAAGAAACAAUCAUGCUGGUUUUAAAUGCACAUGUAUAUGUGUUACCCCUGGGAACCCCAGUGCCAGUAGCAACUAGUCAUAUUAAAUGAUGAUGACUCUUCUAAAGCCAUUUAAAUACAGUCCAGUAUUCCUUCAUAGGAAUUUGUAAGACAUGAGACUUAACACUGCUUUUGAAUUAAAAAUAUACUUAAUAGUAUAAAUUAGAAAAAAUAACACAUGCUUAAGUCCAAAGCCACGCUGUGUGGUAAUAUAGUAGAAUGGAAUGCGGCCUUACUGGCAACUUAAGCAUUUUUAAAAUGCAUUUGUUUUGAUUUGCGGCAAGUUUAAAAACUUGCGAUUUUGACAGAUCUACACAUUGAUGUGAAUAACUUAUUUAAGAGGUGAAUAAAAUCAAUC